GACGGAUGGGAGAUUAGCGGGUACGUAGUUCUGUCUUACUUUAAGUGCGGUUUAGCUUAAGUCAGAUUAUUAUCGUUACCGUUCCGAUAUCUGGUAGUUCAAGUGAAAAUGUCUACAAAGGCCAGGCGUCGUCUUAUGAACGACUUCAAGAAAAUCCAACUUGAUCCGCCACCUGGUGUAUACGCUGUUCCGCUCGAUGACAACAUAAUGAAAUGGCAUGCAAUUAUUUUGGGGCCGGAUGGUACGGCAUUUGCAGAUGGUAUAUUUCGGUUGACAAUGGAGUUUACUGAAAGCUACCCUAAUGUCCCACCCAUUGUGCGAUUUGUUUCCAAAAUGUUUCAUCCUAAUGUGUACAGUGAUGGUAGUAUAUGUUUGGAUAUAUUGCAAAAUAUGUGGUCUCCGUCAUAUAACAUUGGAGCAAUCUUAACCUCAUUACAGUCACUUUUAGGUGACCCAAAUCCCAAUUCUCCAGCAAACACGGCAGCAGCAGAAUUAUUUGAAGAAGACAAACGCCAGUAUGAAACACAAGUCCGAGCUAUUGUUGAGGAGUCGUGGCGAAAUGAUGAACUUAUUGAAUGAUUUCGUACCAUGUUUGAGCUGUUUCGACUAACCUAUUUGUAUAUAUUAUUAACUUAUAGAGUCCUAGUUCUUAUGAGAUGAAGUGUGAAUAACAUAUUAUCUCAAACCUAAUUUACACUUUUUAAUCUGACAAUCUAUGAAACCAUAUUUGGUUUUUUCAUAGCCUUCUAAUACUUACUACGUACGUACUAAUUGAAGUGUGGUAGCUGGGAUUAGU